GGGUUGAUGAGAUCUGCUUCAUAGAGAACACAGUGGCAGCAGCAGCAGCAACAGGAGGGGGAGGAGGAGGAGGAGGAGGAGGAGGAGGAAGUGGACAGAACCGGAAGGAAGGAAGCGGUAUGGCAACCAAAGUGGAUCCCCCAGAAGGCACGUGUCCACCUGGAAAACAUCAGUUUAUGAUGUGGCGAAGUUUGUUCGAGAUCGACACCAAGUACCUGCCAAUCAAACCGAUUGGAAAAGGUGCGUACGGAGUAGUAUGCUCGGCGCGCAAUACGGAAACGGGAGAGAAGAUCGCAAUUAAGAAGAUCAGCAAUGCAUUUGAGAACGCCACUGAUGCUCGAAGGACGCUGCGCGAGAUUCGGCUGCUUCGUCACUUGUAUCAUGAAAACAUCAUCGCGGUGAAGGAUAUAAUGAAGCCAGUGGGGAGGUACACUUUCAAUGACGUGUAUAUCGUGUACGAGCUGAUGGACACCGACCUUCAUCAGAUCAUCCGCUCUUCACAGCCUCUGACUGACGAUCACUGUCAAUACUUUAUAUACCAGCUCCUCCGGGGUUUGAAGUACGUGCACUCUGCAAAUGUGCUGCACAGGGAUCUGAAACCAAGCAAUAUUCUCUUGAAUGCCACCUGCGACCUGAAGAUAUGCGACUUCGGUCUUGCGAGGACAGGCAGUGAGAAAGGGUUCAUGACCGAGUAUGUUGUUACUCGCUGGUAUCGGGCGCCAGAGCUGCUGCUCUCUUGCGAAGAGUACACCAGCGCUAUUGAUGUUUGGUCUGUUGGCUGCAUUUUUGCUGAGCUCCUUGGCAGAAAGCCGCUGUUCCCGGGUAAAGAUUACAUCCAUCAGUUGAAACUAAUUAUCGGCAUGAUUGGCUCGCCGAGCGAGGAAGAUCUUCACUUCAUCUCAAGCCAGAAGGCGAGGAGCUACAUUCGUUCGCUCCCGUUCACUUCCCGAGUGUCCAUUGCCCGCCUUUUUCCCCGAUCCAAUGCGUUAGCCAUCAACCUCAUUGACCGGAUGCUGGUGUUCGAUCCUCGCCGCCGGAUAACUGUGCAGGAAGCGCUCGAGCACCCGUACCUGGCCAUGCUUCAUGACCCAGCACUGGAGCCAACAGCGCCCACCCUGUUCGAGUUCGAGUUUGAGGAGGAAGAUCUCAAAGAGGAGGUUCUCAGAGAAAAAGUUUACGUGGAGAUGCUACACUACCAUCCAGAGGCUGCCAACGAGGAAGGGUAAUUCCAUUGGGAUUGCAUUGCUGUUGAAUUGUGAUUGCAAAAGUCUCUGUCAGAGUCCGUUGGCAUGCAGACGCGAGUGAUUUCAGAUGGGAAAAGUUAGCAUAUUAGGUUUGUGUACAGGAGAGGGGGGUGGGUGUGAGGGGCGGCAGAGUGCACUGCUUGGGUAGCGGAUUUGCACUGCUGUCGGAAUCCGAAGUGGAAACCGUAGAUUUUUCUUUGCGUGCCGUGGAGUGGAGGUUUUUCGUAUCGGUCCGAGGACCGCAGUUUUUUGUUUCUUUUUUCUAUGCUAUGGACCGGCGAUGAGAAUCAUGGAUAUCCGAUGCCAGAUGUUCAUAGGAGGUUCGUUCGACAAUUUGUGUCAUACAUCUUUCCACAGCUUGCAUAAAGCCACAGCUUUCCGUAAGGGGGUUGGGAGAUCAAUGAGGCCAAUGUUUUGUCUUCAAUUAAGUCUUUUUCUGCUUGAUUGGCUAGCGCUGACAUUGCCAGACAUGCCAUACCUGUGUGUUUUUUUCUUAUAGCUUUUAUGUGAGCAAAUGUGGUAGUUUGGGACUGGUCUUCCUUGGGAGAUGCAGAGCAAGGGAUUUAUGUUCCUCUGUGUUCGUGUGCACCUGACCGUCGGUGCUUUCGUGAUCCCUAGUGACAAUGCUCGUAGCAAAGCCACAAGCUUUGGGGAAUAACAGAUGGAAGAACGUUGGGGGCGAGAUUUUUCACAGACUGGGCAUACAUGCAAAAACAGACAGACAGUCAAAGAGUCGAGCAGAGAGAAGGCGUGGAGGUGGCCUGCCGUGCGUUCACAACGGCUGGUGGGAACCCCGUCGGGAGCCAUCCCUAUUUUGUGGGGCAAGGUCUCAGAGGGGGCAUUCGAGCAGGCGGACACGCGCAGAGAGGGUGCAGAUGGGUGGUCGCCAAUUGCAGCCAUCGGUGAGCAGAGACCUGUAUGUUCAAAGAACUGUGUGGUCAGACUUCUGAUUAUACCGGAGAGCAUAGUCUAUGCUAAACUACUAGUGCUAUGCCGAUGAAUUUCCACCGAGGGAGUGCCAUUGCCACAUGGGCCAAGGGACUGAAUGAUUGACACCAGUCAGGCGUGGCCAUCACCGCACAUUUGAUCCAAGUUCAGCGAGUCAUCCGAGAGCUCUUCCUCAGCAUUUUGCGAUCAUGUUGUCAGCUAUUUCUUGGUAUGUGUUUCUACCAUCAGGAGUGCCUUUUUUCUUAACUUUUUUUACCAGUUUUCGGUGGGAUCACCCAUCGCCCAUCGCCGAUAUCACUGAUGUCAGUGGCUGUUGUCUAUCAACGGUUCAGAUCAUCAGACUCAGCAGGCACUAUUGAAAGAUUGAUUGUUGCAUCUCGGUGCAGCGUCCGGGUUGUUUGUAUCACUACAGAGUCAGUACAGACUGCCCGUGAGUGGCUUUUUUCCUUGCAGAUGUGCUCUCUUGAGAGGCAGGCACCCUGUCUUGUAAAAAACUCAGCUUUUGAGCCGUAAUGUAGUAAUUUCUCACCCUCUCUGCCUUUCCUUUUCAGCUGGAAGUCUGCAACUGCUGGGUAAUCUGUUUUGUCCGAGACCAUGUCUGUAAAUAGUGCAGUGUACAUAUCUAGUGUCUGUGGUGUGUCGGCCGGUCACACGACACAGCAGCCGGAGGUUUGGUAGCUGGCCAAAAUUCGCUGUGGCAUAGCAAAGCCUGUGCCACAGACUUUGCACGUCUGCGUUGCAAAAAUUCGAGCAGUUGAUUGAUUCUUGCAGCGAUGAUGUAAAGCUUGUUGGGCGUGUGUGGCCGCCCUUGGCCGGCUGUGAGAGAUAUGCACUCUCUGCUGUUACCAAUCCUCGGCUGAGAUGAAUCGGAGCCCAAGAUCACCUUUGCCGCUUUGCGGCUUGCGGCUCAGAGUCUGCCAUUUGCAGGCUGCGAGAGUGAAGUGCAGCUCCGCCAUUGACAUGCAUGCAGGAAUUACAUGGUGCGAUGCGAUAAAGCAAGGUGUGUGAU